AGUCUUACACAGGUGUACCGGCUCCUCCCCUCCAGUCUUACACAGGUGUACCGGCUCCACCCCUCCAGUCUACCACAGGCGUACCGGCUCCUCCCCUUCAGUCUUACACAGGUGUACCGGCUCCACUCCUCCAGUCUACUACAGGCGUACCGGCUCCUCCCCUUCAGUCUUACACAGGUCUACCGACUCCACCCCUCAAGUCUACCACAGGCGUACCGGCUCCUCCCCUUCAGUCUUACACAGGUGUACCAGCUCCUCCCCUUCCGUCUUACACAGGCGUACCGGCUCCUCCCCUCCAGUCGUACACAGGUGUAUUGGCUCCUCCCCUCAAGUCUUGCACAGGUGUACCUGCUCCUCCCCUCCAGUCUUGCACAGGUGUACCGACUCCUCCCCUCCAGUCUUACACAGGUGUACCGGCUCCUCCCCUCAGUCUUACACAGGUGUGCCGGCUCCUCCCCUCUAGUCUUGCACAGGUGUGCCGGCUCCUCCCCUCCAGUCUUGCACAGGUGUGCCGGCUCCUCCCCUCCAGUCUUGCACAGGUGUGCCGGCUCCUCCCCUCCAGUC